AUGGUUGAGUUGAAAGAAAAAGCAAAGAAAAUAUACGAACGAAGCAACAGUGAGAAGCUCAAAAGAAAGUUUAUAGUCGUACCAAAGUCUGACUUGGCUCUGGUUCUGGGGAAAGUGCUUCACCAGGCCGGCUAUACUCGUACAGUGGUUACCACGGGAGGAAAACGGAUAGGGGAAAUGGUAAAACCUGGCAUUCAGAAGAAUAACGAGGACAGCGUAGUAUACCAGAUACCAUGCAACGGAUCCGACUCGAGCUAUUAUGGUGAAACUGGCAGAGGCCUCGCCACGAGGAUAAAGGAACACCAGGCCGACUUGAGGCACCAUCGGCCGUCCAGUGCACUGGUGGACCACGCUGAUAAAACUGGCAACCUUCCGAAUUGGAAAGGAAUGAGAGCCAUACAAUCUGGCAUAGAAGAGAGGACAAGAAAGGUGCUAGAGUCUCUGUACAUCUCCACCAAUAACAACAUCAACAAGCGCACGGGUGACGUGAUCUGGGCGACGGCGGCGGCGCUAAUUUGCACUCCGAGGGACAGAGGACGACAGCGCGCAGAUUCACGCUAA